AUGAACGAUUCCAGGCUAUCGGGGCAGGUUUGCCUGAGCAGUGACGAUGCUUCCACUAGAGCUGGUGGCAAAUACUCUUCGGAAGGUUUCCAGGGCUAUUCCCAGGAACAUCAGACCGUGCCGGCCUCGCGUGGCCCGGAGGAUGAAGGUGAUGCCCAGAGAGCAGGAAAUGGAACAGAAGGCAGCUGCAGCCUGCAGGAUUUCCGCCGUCACCUGAGCCGGAGGCUGUGUGGGCUGCCGCAGAGCAGCUCAGCAGAGGGCUCCGGGUGCAAACUCUGCCCCAGGCACUGGGUGCCGCACAGGGACAAGUGCUACCGGCUGUCUGAAGAGAAUCAGUUCUGGAGCCGGGGCCGUGAUGACUGCGCACGGAGGGGAUCUCAUCUGCUAGUGAUCCAGGACCGGGAGGAGUUGGAGUUCAUACAGAAUAUUAUACCAGAACAAAAUCAGGUGUGGAUUGGACUCAACAUCACAUCCCCAGGGAGGACGUGGACCUGGGUGGAUGGUUCUCCGUUCAAUCAAACACCAUUCCUGGUAUCGGGUCCUGCUGAAGAGAACAGCUGCGCUGCAAUACAGAAGAAUCGGAUCCAGUCUGAAAUCUGCAACACUGACUGUAAAUGGAUUUGCCAAAAGGAAGCUGUGCCCAUUUAAACGGGUGGAUUGGCGACCUCC